CGAGGAUUCGCGUGUGUUAGACUCUCGGAUUCUACGGCAUUGGUGCGAGGGUUGCUGUAACUCCAGUCAGGAACCCCCGCCGAAAAAGUGCAGUACCUCUCCUCCUCCUCCACCACAAGCCAUCACCACCACCACCAUCAUCAUCAUCCAUCGCCAUUACCACCCGCCGCAUGUUUAUCGUCCUAGAACUUGACCACGGUGGAAUGGUGCCUGGAUGCUUUCCUAAUAUCUGGCCGCCCCCGAGAAGACGUUCCGCAACAGAACUCUCUACAUGUCCCUUGAUCGGUAACUCUCCCCGGAUACUCGUUCAGCUGGGGAGAGCCCAACGCGAGGAGACUCCUCCUGACAAGCCACCAGCAGAUCGGCCCUCGGAAUUCCUGUAAAGAUGGCAGCAUCCUCGCACAACCCUUUUCCUCGCUCGCCCAAUCCCUCUACGAGAUCGUAUGACUCUUCCUCCGUCUCGUCGGCGACCUCGCCCCGACCGCAGGCUCAGCUCCUAGGCAACUUGAUAGGAUCCGGCUCUAGGCCGACUACGACGCAGCCACCGCAGCCCAUAGGGAUUCCCCAGCUGCCUCCCGUGUCCCAGACGACGGGAUUCCAGCCCUACACGCCGGUGGCAGCAACCUCCGUGAUGGGCCGAGAGUCGCUACCACCCACUGAUUCGGUGAAGCGCGCCUACCGCCAGAGGAGGAAGGAUCCUAGUUGCGACGCCUGCCGGGAAAGAAAGGUCAAAUGUGAUGCCACAGAAACGACGAGCUGCUCGGAGUGCUCAAGCCGCAACGUAAAAUGCCAAUUUACCAAGGAGACCAACCGGCGGAUGUCGUCCAUUAAACAGGUGCAGGAUCUAGAGAAGCAAAUAGAGCGAGUGCGGAAGGAGAACAGCAACCUGCGGCGCACGCUCGCCGAGCGGGGCGAGCACAUGGACGUCGACGCUGAGGGGAGCGAGACGUUGUCGCCGCAGCUGCCGCCAGACCUGAACUCGGAGCCGAGGCGGCGGAGGCGAGCCACCGCUUUGCUACAAGACCCGGCGCGAGCGCGGGCGGCCUACCGAAGUUUCUCGAAAGGGCUGGCGAAGCCCCCGGCGCCGUACCGACAGGCGCCGGCUACGGCUACGAUCGCCUUCGACCACCCGAGACCACCGCUUCCCCCGAAAGCGACGACGGACCGGCUCCUCCACACGUACUACGGGGCGGUGCACAUCAUGAUGCCCAUCUUACACUGGCCGACGCUGCAGCACCAGGUGGAAGAGCUCUAUCAAAAUACUAACAUACAGCGGGUCCCCAUCUCGUGGCAUUCCAUGUUCUUCGCGGUGUUGGCGAUGGGCAGCCUAUUUAGCAACGAUCCGCACCCGGACCGGACCCUGCGAGCGAGCGAGUUCCUGGAGGCGUCGAGGAGCCUGACGGAUCCGUGGAACAACGACUUCGACCUCGACAGCGUGCGAGGCGCGUUCCUGACGGCGCUCGCGCUGAACGAGCUGAACCUCAAGUCGGCGGCGUGGACGUGGCUGGGCAAGGCGGCGCGCGCCGCCCAGGACUUCGACCUCCACCUCGAGGUGGCCGGGCUGCGGUCCCGGGUCGAGGCCGACAUGCGGAGGCGGGUCUGGUGGGCGAUCUACAUAUUCGAUCGAAUGCUCGCGCUAGAGCUCGGGCGCCCCUUCGUGAUCGACGACGCCGACUGCGACACCGCGCUGCCCGAGCCCGUCGACGACCACUUCCUGCACACCGAGGGUCCCGUCCACCCGCCCCCGAACGUCAACCCCCUGACCCACUACCUCCACUUCAUCAUUAACAUAGUCCGCUCGUUCUCCGCCGUGCGCCGCGCCUUCGCCCACCCCUUCAUCGCGCCGCCGCCGCUCGCCGCCCUCGACAACCACUUCCUCGCCUGCCAGAAGAUGAUCCCCGAGGCCUGCGACGCCAACAGCAUCGCCCCCGUCCCGCCCCACGUCCUCAUGCCCCUCGCCUACGUCCUCAGCGCGCGGCUGCACCUCCACCGCCACAACCUCUCGCCGAGCUGCCCGCCCGACGCCCGCAGCGAGGCCAUCAAGCAGUGCAUGCUCACGGCCGUCGAGACGACGAAGCUCAUCGCCCGGACCAACGCGACGCUCGCCGACACCGCCACCGCCCUGCUCGUCACCCACGUCUUCCGCUGCACCCUCUUCCUCCUCCUCACCGGGCUCUACGACCUCGCGCUGACGUGCCUGCGCGCCCUCAAGUCCGUCGACGCCCGCCGCGACGUCGCCGUCCCCUGCGGCCGCUUCCUCGCCUUCUUCCUGCAGACCCUGCGCGCCAAGCAGCAGGAGCUGCUCGCCCUGCUCCCGCGCGCCGCCGCCACCCCCGGCUACCCCUCGCCCACUGCCGCCGCCGCCGCCGCCGCCCAGCCCGACCCCCGCGCCGUCCAGGACGCGCUGCUGCGCGACGAGGAGCUCCUCAUCUACGUCAGCGCCGACCUGCAGGCCGGCGCCGAGACGGCCUGGGUGUGGGCGGGCGCGGAACGCUGCCCCCGAUCAAGAUGGAGCCCGGGGUGCCGUGCCUGGCGCCGGCCGGCGACCCGGGCAGCAGCCGCAACAGCCCGGCGGCUGGGGGCGCGGGCCCCCCGUCCGCGAGCAGCCGCAACACCGAGCGCAUCAGCAUCGCCAACAUAAUCUAGAGCCGGCGAGGCCUGCGGGAGAACUUACGGUGUGGAGGGGGAAAAGGGGGAAGGGAGAGACGGGGAGAAAGAGAGAGAAACCCGCCGGUCGACGCGCCCGACGAGACUACGAGUUUGACGAACGAACAAACGAACAAACGAACGAAUACCCGUUUAUGGUUUCCCCCCCGAUUUGUUUUUGAUUUUUUUUUUCCCCUCGAAACUCUCUUCGGGAAGCCAGAGAGAAGGGGGGGAGACGCGCGCUGGGCGAG